AUGGCAACGGAGUUUGAAACCAUGAUCCAGGACAUCUCAAAGACUUUGAUAAUGAAGGAAUUAUUGUUAUUCUUUGAAGUCUUGAGUUCGAAGCUGAAGCUAGGCAGUCCCGAAUGGGAUUCGGCGAAAGUCCGUGUUCAGGAAGCGCUGGAAGAGUACGACUGUUUCGAGGCUUCAUUCAACCGAGUCCUGGUGGUACGAAAGGCGGUAUUCAGAGCCCUGGAAGAAGUCUUUGACCUGCCUUUACAAACAAAACAGCUCUAUGUUUCCGCCAAGCCCUCUCAUGGCUAUAUCCGGGUUGCAUCUGGACAGCAUGAAAACAUUGUCAUUGAUGCCGGAAACAUCGAAACAGGCCUGACUACUACCUUGUGGCCUCAAGGAAACACAAGUUUCAGUGAAACAUUGGUUUCUUUCACUGAGUUAGCAUCAACACUAGAGAAGAGAGUUAGGAGAAUGGUUUUGGAGAUUUCUGGAGUGGAGAAAUACGCGGAUGAGUUGAUUGAGUCCACAAAUUAUAUUCUCAAUGCCAUGAAAUAUGAAGGGUCUCAAACCAGCGUGCCAUUCCUUGGGGCUCAUGUAGACCAAACCAAAAAAGCUUUGAAAUUUCGACCACCUUUCUGUAUCCCCCCCCCACAUGGUUUCUGCUUCUUUACGGCAUUUGACAAGCCUGAGAUCAGCGUAAGGAUGUGUUAG